AUGGUCAACAUCUUCCUGACCGGAGCGACGGGCUACAUCGGAGGCAGUGUCCUGUCUUUGCUCGCCAAGUCGCACCCCGAGUAUGCGGUGAGAGCGCUAGUCCGCGACAGCGCCAAGGGAAAGAUUAUCACCGGCGCCUUCAGCAAGGUCGAGAUCGUAGAGGGUGAUCUUGACGAUGUUGAGACCAUCACUCGGGAAGCUUCCAAUGCCGAUGUCGUUGUCCAUCUGGCUGCGUCUGGACAUUUGAAGAGUGUUGAGACCAUUCACAAGGCUUUGUCGUCCAAGUCGGCAGAGCAGAAGUCAUCGCACUGGAUCCAGAUCUCUGGCGCCAGCGCCCUUGCCGCAGCAGAACUCGCCGACAAGUCUCGCAGUCCAGGCUCGGCGAGCGACCUGGUCUUCAACGACCUGACCGGUAUCGACGAACUGCGAUCGUUCAUCCAAAAAUACCCGAGCCGUGCCGUCGACAACUACCUCCUCAAAGUCGCCGCCGAUGAGCCCAGGGUCAACACGGCACUAGUGUUCCCACCCAUCAUCUACGGCCGGGGACUCGGCCCUGUCAACCAGCGCAGCGUGCAGAUCCCGUCGCUGGCGAAAGCCACGCUGGAUCGCGGUCAUGGGGUACGAGUCGGCAAGGGCCUGAGCCGAUGGGGAAAUGUGCAUGUUGAGGACGUUGCACAGUUGAUUGCCCAGCUUGUCGAGCGAGCUGCGGAGGCGAAGGGUGAGGCGGAGGUUUGGAACGAGAACGGACUGUAUCUCACUGGUGUUGGUGAAAUUGUGAGUGAAGAUGAAUCCGGGCCCUCAACUCCUUGCUUUGCACCAGCUAACAAAAAUGAUUCACAGUCCUUUGGCGAAAUCUCGAAAUUGGUUGCCUCCGCUGCUGCUAAGAAGGGUCUCAUUUCAAAAGACGAGGUGGAGGAAGUUGGACCCGAAGAAGCGAACAAGGUGCUGCCACACGGAACGGUGCUCUUUGGAACAAAUGCUCGCAGCGAGGCACUUAGGGCUAAGAAGGUACUGGGUUGGGCGCCGACAGGCGAGAGUUUGGAGGAAGAGAUCCCCAAAGCUGUGUCUUGGGAAGCUCCCGAGGUUCAGCACAGUGAGCUUAAGCGAUGA